AGGUAACUAUUUCUCUAUAAUAAACUCUAGUUGCAACUCAAAGCAGCAACAAACUCCAAAAUGGCAUCACUAACCCUUCUUGAGAUCUUCAUGGCUAUCGCUAGCUAUGUCAUUCUUCGUUGCUUUUUCAACAAAAAUGGGCUACCAAUAAACUGGCCGAUCUUUGGUAUGCUACCGGAGACUCUCUACCACCUUCACCGACUUUACGAGUGGCUGACAGAAAAAAUAGAAAGAGCUGGUCUCACCUUCUUCUAUAAAGGCCCUUGGUUUUCUAAUGUCAAGAUCUUAAUAACAGUAGACCCAACCAAUGUCCACUACGUAAUGAGCUCAAAUUUCUCAAAUUUCCCCAAAGGAUCUGAGUUCUCCAAGAUUUUUGACAUUCUUGGAGACGGGAUUUUCAAUGCCGAUUCACAUUCUUGGAAAACCCAAAGAAAACUAGUUCAAACGUUGAUUAAUCGUGGGUGUUUUCAUAAUUUCUUGAUCGAGGCUUGUCAGGAGAUGGUGGAGAAAGGCCUAGUUCCGGUUAUUGAACAUGCAAGUGAUCAAGAUUCAGUAGUGGACUUACAAGAUCUGUUUCAAAGAUUCACAUUUGACAUUACAUGUGAAUUAGUGACCGGUUAUAAUCCAAGAAGCCUAUCUACUGAAUUUCCAAAAAUAGAAUUUUCAAAGGCAUUGGAUGAUGCUGAGGAAGCUUUGUUUUAUAGACAUAUAAUACCAGAAUUCAUUUGGAAGUUUCAAAGGUGGCUAGGGAUUGGACAAGAAAAGAAAAUGGCAAAAGCAGAGAAAGUUCUUGAUGAUACAUCAAGAAAAUAUAUAUCAAGAAAAAGAGAACAAUUAGUCAAGAAUAAUAAGGGAGAGGGGGUGGAUAUGUUAACAUCAUAUAUGAAUGAAGGUGAGAAAAUCUUGGAAUCUAAACCAGACGAAAAGUUUUUAAGAGACACCAUUAUAAAUCUGUUGCUUGCAGGUAGAGAUACAACUAGUUCUGCUCUUACUUGGUUCUUUUGGCUUAUUUCCAAGAAUCCACGAGCAGAGAGCAAAAUAAGACAAGAGAUUCAGGAAAUUACUCUACAAGGCAAAAAAGCCAACACUUGGUGUGCAUUAAAUGUACAAGAGGUAAAUAGUCUUGUUUAUUUACAUGCAGCUUUGUGCGAGACAUUAAGGCUAUACCCACCAGUUCCAUUUCAACACAAAUCCCCAUUGCAAAAAGAUGUGCUUCCAAGUGGGCACGAAGUGAAUCCAGAAAUGAAGAUAGUGAUUUGCUCCUAUGCAAUGGGAAGGAUGGCUUCUAUAUGGGGUGAAGAUUGCUUAGAGUUUAAGCCAGAAAGGUGGAUUACUGAAGGAGGAAAAAUUAAGCAUGAGCCAUCUUACAAAUUCUUGGCUUUUAAUGCAGGUCCAAGAACUUGUUUGGGUAAAGAAGUGGCCUUUACUCAAAUGAAGAUAGUUGCAGCUUCCAUAAUCCAUAAUUACCAUGUCAAGGUAGUAGAAGACCACCCUGUGUCUCCUAAUGUAUCCAUCAUUCUCCACAUGAAACAUGGAUUAAAGGUCAAAGUUACCAGGAGAUGGGUUUGAAUUACUUUUAUAUAGGUUAAAAUAUAAUCGAACCCCAAAAUUACAUUAAGUUAACACUUGAAUUCUUCUAUUUAAAAAAUAAUUACGACGUUCUUAACUUAUACUUUUUAUCUCACUGGUUGGUCAUUUUAUUCAAAAAACGAAAUCUUUAUCGUUUAUUAAACACACUUUUGAAUAAAAUAAGUUAAUCUUUAGACGAAAAGAGCUCAUUUUUUGGAUAAAAGUAUUCAAUAGUGAGAUAAAGGAUAAGUUAUGCAUGUUAUAGUGAUUUCUCAAAUAUAGAACGAUUUAAGUGUUAAUUUGAAUAUAAUUUAAGGAUUUAAUUAUAUUUUACCCCUUUUUUAUGUAAUUAAUUAAAUGAAAUACUACUAAUACUAAUAAUAAUCAUAAUAAGUUGUAGCUUAGUGUUUAGUGUUGUUAGACUUGCUUUUAGGUUUUGGCUCUAUUUCGCAUUGGUGCUAAAUUAUAAAUAUAUAGUUGUAGUCUUGGUUGUUUUUUCACUUGUCGAAAUCGUGUGGUUUGGUAAAAUUAUCGGUUAAAACUUCAAGAGCGACUUGCACUUAAGGCUCACUUCCCAUGAGAUAAAACAAGAACAGUUCUGGAGAAUGUGAAGAUAGGAAGCAGAGAGAACAAGUUGUUUUUGUUGUAUUAUUAUAGGUUGUAAAUUGAAUAUUAAUAUUUUCUUUGGCAUCCAUUUUCCCUAAUUUGUUCCUUACUGUGUAAAUUGAUUUGUUAUUAUGAGUUGACAUCCAUCAAUCUCUAUAUGUCACUGUGGUUAGUUCGGAGCUGGGUAUGAAAUCAUUUUUGUCAA